AUGGUAAUAAAAAAAACUUUUGUGAAUAGACUUCCUCGAAAUAUCUAUAAUUUCUUAGUGUAUGUGCUUCUUUACUAUUAUGCCGUGCAAAGUAGCACCGCUAGCGAUAUGCCGCACGAGUGCGCCUACAGAACGUCUCAAUCGGAGACGUCAGAAGAUACAGAAUUAUUUUGCAAAAUAAGAACAAUAAGUAGUCUAGAUAAUCUACUACAGAACAUCAGCCGAACACACUUUGACGAUGUAAUUUCCUUGCACGUCCAAUGUAGUGAAAUUCUGUUCUUUGAGAGUACACUUGCAGCUCAGACACAAGAGACCUCACGAAAACAUUCAAAUCUAGGCAAGCUCAAAGACCUUGUCAUUGAUAAAUGCAAGAUACGGCAGAUUCCACCUCGGGCCUUUGAAAAUUUCAAAGAUCUAAAAUCUCUCCACGUAACAACGCAUAACAGUGAAUGGUCUGCAAUGACUAUGGACUUACAUGAACUCGCUUUCAUGGGUUUAAUUCAACUCGACAUGAAUGCUUUAAGGCUAGAUCAGAUAGAUGAAGAUAGUGACUUGCCUGAAUUUUUCAUAAGCGGAAAUCCUUUUGUUUGCGACUGUUCAAUGGAAUGGAUUCAACGGAUCAAUUAUUUAAGUCAUAGUCGACAAUACCCGCGUGUGUUGGACCUUGAUAAAACGUUUUGUACCUUGGUUCAUUCGCGAGCCAAAGAAAAAAAAAUGAUCAUAGAUAUGUCCCCUUCCGAUUUUCUAUGUCCAUAUGAAAGCCAUUGCUUUGCUCUUUGUCAUUGUUGUGAUUUCUUUGCUUGUGAUUGUGAAAUGAUUUGUCCUAAUAACUGUAGAUGUUAUCAUGAUAUAACGUGGAACGCUAAUGUUGUUGAUUGUUCGAAUGCUGGUUACACACAAGUGCCAGAUAGAAUACCUAUGGAUGCAACUGAAAUAUAUUUAGAUGGCAAUGAUAUAAGUUAUUUGGGAAAUCACAUUUUUAUUGGCAAAAAGAAGUUGCAAGUAUUAUAUUUAAAUAAUACAAAAUUGAAAGAAGUUAAUAAUCAAACAUUCAAGGGAGUAGAUUCACUGAGGGUACUGCAUUUAGAAAACAAUAAAUUAGUAGAACUUAAAGGGGAUGAAUUUUUGCAUCUGAAUAAUCUUAACGAAUUGUACUUAGACCAUAAUGCCAUAGUACACGUAGCAAAUAAUACGUUUUCUUCAUUAAAAUCUUUAUCAGUUCUUCGAAUUGACGAUAACAAACUUGUUAACUUCUUUCCAUGGAAAUUGCUAGCUUCGUCUUCAAAAAGUUUAGCUCAUGUUUCAAUAGAGGGUAAUCAAUAUUCUUGUGAUUGUAAAAGUAUUGCUGAGUUAGAUACUUGGCUGAGAAAGGACCCUGGAGAUCCAGAAAAAAUGUUAUGUACUGAUAACAAAGGAAAGCCAACGAAAAUCACAAUUGCAUCUCUCUUAAGUCAUUGCAAAGAAUAUCUUGGUUCUAUAAAUGAUCCGACUGUCUCUAAAAACGAAAUCGUUUCUAAGUCAUUGUUUUUACCUGACAAUUAUUUCGCUAUUGUAUGCGGUUCUAUCAUAAUAAUAGUAGUUGUUUGCCUAAUAGGUGCUGUAUUUUACGCUUUUAGAUUUGAAGUUAGUGAUUGGUUGUACACUAAUUUUGGCAUUCCUUUAUUUAAAGAACAGUCAUGUCCUAAUGUUGAACAUGUACUAGAUGGAAAUCCAAAUCACAUGCAUGACUACUAUGUGAUAUGCAAUACCAAAGACACUCAAUUCAUUUACAACAAUAUAUUGUCUGAAAUAGAAUUUAGGAAGAUGUCAGCUAAAAAAUUGACAUUAAAUGAAUCCACACUGAACAUUUUGACUUUAGAUAAUAAGUUUAAAAAUGUAUCGUGGAAUGACCCCCGGUUCUGGGAUAGAUUUGUCGCACUUCUUAAUUCUACUGAUACUAUUAUCACAGUAAAGAGCUCUGGAAGAAGUGUAUUCAAGAAAACCUUGCGGCAAACGCCAACAUUAAGAUAUACUACAAUGCCAGUAACAAAUGUCAGUUGCUCAAUGCAGAAUUUUUCAAAUUCCUUGCAAUAUUGUAAAAGAAAUGAUGGGGCAAUAUCACAGAAUGAAAGUUCUCCCUCCUCCGACAACACGUAUGGGGAAGGGAAUAAUUCGAACAAUAGUUACAUGUCGAUUGAUAAUAGGACAUGUCCCCGGUUUAAUUAUGACCUAAGGCUCUCCCCGAGUAGUGGUCAUGUCUAUUCCAGAGUGGAGGAUAUAUCUCCAACCGUACCUCGAUCAAAUACGAACACCGUAGCUAAAGGUCGCACUUACUUUGUAUAA